AUGUCACAGGCUUCUAAUUUUGUCAAGAAAUUGGCAUCUAACGACAAGCCCACCAGGGAUGCGGCCCUCGAAUCCUUAAAGAAAUUCCUCAUAUCCAAAUCCUCAAAAUCAUUUUCGAUAUCAUUAUUAGAUGCAGAAAAACUAUGGAAGGGGUUAUACUACUCAAUGUGGUUUUGUGACCGGCCAAAGGCUCAAGAGCGAUUAGCUGAGAAUUUGGGCCAAUUGUACCUGGAAAAUAUGAAAUCUGACGAUGUAUUUCUUCGAUUUGUUGAGGCAUUCAAUUUAAUCAUGAUUAAAGAAUGGAGUAGUAUCGAUCAAUGGAGAAUUGACAAGUAUUAUUUGUUAAUUAGGCGUGUGUUGAGGCACAAUUUCAAGUAUUUACAACAGCAUGAAUGGGACGAUAAGUUGGUUAGUCGUUGGGUUGAUGUGAUGAGUCGGACUUUAUUGAGCGGAGAUGCUAAAGUGCCUGUUGCUUUACCAUACCAUUUAUGCGACAUAUAUUUGGAUGAGCUUCAAUUGAUUAUGUUUGCAGAAUUGGAAGAGGAGGAGUUGGAUAAGGAUGAUGCUGAUUAUUUGCAGAAAUAUGAAGAUUUGAUGAGACAAAAGAUUGCGAUUGCGGACGAUGUUCCAGUGUUGAAACUAAUAGAGCCAUUCCAGAAUUUGAAUAAAGAAGCUAAGCUUAAACCAUUGAGGGAGAAAUGUAAAGAGGAUGUUUUGGAUGAUGAGAGAUUAGUUGAUUGGGCCGUUAUUGAAGACGAUAGUGAUGACUCUGAUCUGGAAGGUGAAGGUAGAAAUGGCUCUAAGGGAGGGGAUUCUGACGAUGAUGAUGAAGAGGAAUGGAAAGGUUUCUAG